UUUGUGAGAAGAAGAAAACGCAAAAUACAUAAAAUUACGUUGAAAAAUAUUGUUGAGGAAAUUUUUUAAUUUUUGUUGAAAUUAUACCAUAACAAUAAAUCAGCUAGUUUGCUAUGGAUAAUUUAACGAGAGAUAAAAUUGAAGAUGAUCUGAGCGGGUGCCGGUCAGAAACUGGAAAUAAACGUAAACGGCACUAUUCUUUAACAGAAUCUUUAGAUGAGUCACCAAAAAAGAAAACAGCUACAACAACAUCGGCAAUACCAGAAGAAAACAAUGAAAAUGCAACGUCCAUAACAAAUGGUGAUGGUGGUGCCGAAGAUGAUAAAACACCGCUUGAAUCCAUCAAUAUUGAUAAUGAGGAAGAAUUGCAAUCUCAAUUCUUGUUGGAGGAAUUAUGCGAUGAAGUUUUAUAUGAGAUAUUUAAAUUUUUAGAUACAUGGUCUUUGAUGGCAUUAAUGAAUGUCUGCAAACGUUUUCAAAAAUUUGUUUUGGACAAACGUCUAUGGGAAAACAUAGAUCUUAGUCAAGAGCCUUUGCCUUUGGGUAUUUUAGAAGAUAUGCUGGAACGAUCUCACGAUAAAACUAAAAGUAUUAAACUGAGAGGACCAUCUCCUUCCCAGCAUAUCGAGGGAGAGAUACAACAUUUCAACCAAACUAUACGUAAUUCUCUUACAACAAGAUGCACAAAAUUGGUAACAUUAGAAUUGUAUGGUGUGACGUUGGAUUUUAAUCAGAUUACCUUAAAAGAUUUCCCCCAAACACUUAAACGUUUGAUACUCAACACUUGCAACGUACGUGUGGUCAGUAACAAGUCAUUAUUCACUGGCAUCGAUACGAUUUUAGUUAAUUUAGAAGAACUUGCCAUUGAAAAUAAUUCUUGGUUUGAUCCCUACUACGUAAUGCCUUUAUCAAAACUUCCAUUACUACGCUAUUUGAGUCUAAAAGGAUGUUGGCUAAUGCAAGAGUUCAUACCAUAUGGCAGUAUAGCAGCACGACACGGUUUCAAACAGUUGGAAAUUUUAGAUUUACGUGAUACACCUUUGAAUGAUUCAGAUUUACAGUGUUUCAAUGCUGUGGAGACCUUGAAGGAAAUUUAUUUACAGUGCCCUGAAGAAGAAGAAGAGACCAGUACACAAACUGAUACAUCUUCGGGUACUCGAGACGAUAUAUCCCAUAAUCAGGAAGCACAUUCAGACACAAAUUCAGAUAUACUUACAGAAAUGCCAUCUACAUCCUCCAAUUCAGCAGCAAAUGCAAAUAGUUCAUUAAACUCUGAAACACCUUCUACCUCUCGUUCAUUAACUGGUACGGAUCAAAAUGAGGAUAAACCAGAGAAAACUAAAGAUUCUCUAAAUACGCCGGCAUCGUUAUCUUUCAAUGAUAGUGAAUCUAUGUCGUCGUCAUCAUCAUCCUCCUCAUCUUCAUCGCCCAAGUCUAGUAGUAUUACGGAAAAUAAUGCGGCAGGUCCAAGCUCAAGCUCGACUCCCUCUACUUCAUCCCCAAGUUUUAGUUUAUCACCAAAUAUUGUACCUCUAGUUGGUACAAACGCCCCAGCUCGCAGCCGUUUUCUGCCACGGCCAGAUCACAUUUUUUACUUGAAUGUACGCAAUAGAAUUUCUAUUGAUUGUUCGCACGUAAACGUACGCGAUCACAAUAUUAUAAGACCCUUGCGGCGGCCCCGCCAGUCUCAACAUCAGCAGAACCAGCCACAACAGCAACAACAAUCACCCCCACCCGUUAUCGAACAAAUGAUGCGUCACAAUCUCUUUUGGGAUAUUGUAAAUCCUUUGGGCCGUGUGGUGGGUGUAGGUGGCCCAGAUCGUUUAUUUGGCGAAGAGAAUGGUGCUGAAUAUCACUUAAAUCUAUUCUCAUUAUCCUCGUCCUACCGCCAGCAAUCUCGUGGUACUAUUUCGGAUCGUGGUGUUUGUUGUUUCGGACGCACCCGCCAACCCGUACAACAGGGUGUCGUCUGGAUACGUUUCAAUAAUCGUCCUUUUGAAAAUAGUUUCGAACGUUUUUCUGUACGUGACUAUAAAUCUGUCACAGAUGUAUCGCUGCAACAUUUGGUGCAGUGUUCCCCGCGUCUGAUAUUUUUGGAUGUGAGUGGCACUAGUGUUACCCUAGAUGGGCUGCAACGUUUUAAGGAUUUGAAACCCGAGUGCAAAGUCGUAGCCGAACACUUAUUAGGCGUUACCAAAAGUGAAACAACAGUUUCGUGAAACCGUAUUUAGACAACAAUAAAUGAUCUUUAUAAAAUAAUUGAAAAAUGGAUGGAAUGGAAUAGAGCGAUAAAGCGACAUUUAAAUAUUUUCAACUUUCCAAACAUUUGAUGUAUGCAAGUGUGCGCAGAGCACGCAGGAAAUAUAAGAUAACAGUUUGAUCCGUUAGCUGAAGAUGUUGCUUUGAACAUCAUCCUGGCAUGUGGAACAAGUAAUUUUAAAUAAUUCCUUUUUACUUCUAUAUUAUAUACAUAAAGUACAUUAAAACAAUGUAAAAUAAACUAUUAAUGUAAACAAACAUUUUUAGAGCCAUUUUUAAUAUUAGUUUUACUUUGUCUUAACUGAGUUUUUUUUAGAAAACUUGGAUUAUUUUAUUUGCAAUAAAUAUUUAAAACUCACACUCCCACCCCUAGUACACACACACACACCUCCAAAAUGAUGUCAAUAUUAUUUUUAUUAUUAAUUACUAUUAUAAAGUAACAUGUGUAACUGUUAAAUGUGUUUUAAUUUUAUUGUUAUUUUAUUAUUUUUUAAAUCUAAAAUUUAUUUUUGAAACCGUUACAAAAUCAACAAAAAAAAUUAUGUAAAGUAAUUGGAAGAUGUCCUAAAAUCAAAAUAAUUUCAGAUUUAUGAUUAUAAUUAUAAUAAAGUUUGUAAUCUCUAUAUAUAUGUAUAAUUAGCAUUAAUUUAAA